GCGAGCAAUUGUUAUGAAUGUCAAUGCCAUACAUCACACACAAAAUGUUACCACGAUUACUACGAAGCUCGAGGGUUUUGCCUAGGUUGAGAGUAAGCAAUAUAAACAAUGCGAGAAAUCUGGUACAAAGGAGAACCCUAGUUGCAGCGCCGAAAGCGGGAGAUGGCCCAUUGAUGGAGAGGAGAGGAGAUCGAGAAUUACCUGACAUUCCUGAAAAUGGCAUGAAAUGGGUCCGAUCUAUCCCCAUAUUCCUCGUUGUCCUAAUCUCCAGUACCCUCGCCAUUUUCAACUACCAAAAGUCCUCGUCCUCCGUCGUAUCAUCCACUCUCUACGCCCUCCGUACAUCACCUAAAGCGCGUGAGUUCCUUGGCGACGAGAUAUAUUUUGCGCAUAAAAUGCCGUGGAUUUGGGGAGAAAUGAAUCAAUUGCAUGGCAGGAUUGAUAUUCAAUUUGAGGUUAAGGGAACGAAGAGAAGUGGAACAAUGAAAUUUACGAGCCAUAGAGCCACAAGACAGGGCAUGUUUGAGACUACUGAGUGGAGUUUGGAGGGUGGUGAGGGGGAGGAAAAGGUUAAGAUUGAUCUUUUGGAUGGUGCGGAUCCGUUUAGGGGAAUCGAGGAUGUGGAGGAAAGUGCAGCGGAACCAGGCAGAGGGAGUUAUGCGCCUAGUUUGUCAGGAUAGAGAUUGGGGUGUCUUAAGUGAAAUUGAGAGAUGAAGGGGGUGCCGAGAGACCGGAGAGGUCUAGUAAAUUGAGAGGAGAGAACUCUGCAGUGGAAAUACGAUUGGUUCCAGUCAGUUGUAAAGAUGGUGGUGAUAGACCAUUAGUCAUGCACUAAGCACAAACAUAAGCACGUUUGGAUGGGUCAAAACCAUGAGGAUA